CUCGGUGGCCAACCAAGCUCAAAGGAUCGUCUCCAAACCAUCGCCAUGUUUCGGCAAGCAAGACUACUGUCAAAUGCCAGCUCGCUUUCUAGAACUCUUAUUCACAGUCACUCCUCCCUCGUCCGCCACUACUCGUUUAAAGUCUUCCGCGAUGUCCCACCUCUCCGAAGCCUUCGCCGCGAGCUCCUGCUCUCCAAGCGCACUGUUGGCCUCGUGCCUACAAUGGGUGCCCUGCAUGAAGGUCACCUCUCUCUGAUCCGUCAGGCUGCCUCCGAAAACACCGACGUCGUCGUGAGCAUAUUCGUUAAUCCCACACAAUUCGGGGUCAACGAGGAUCUCUCCAGCUACCCGCGAACGUGGGACGCCGAUGUUGCAAAAUUAGAAGAAUUGAACACAGAGCUUAGCGCUAAGAAAGAACACGGUCGUAUUACAGCUAUCCUCGCCCCGACGGCUCAAACAAUGUACCCGACUCUCCCGCCUUCUUCGGAGGUCGACGGCGACGGCUCGUUCGUGACGAUUACACCUCUGUCGAAGAAAUUAGAAGGGGCCUCGCGACCUGUUUUUUUUAGAGGCGUUGCGACAGUGUGUAUGAAACUUUUCAAUAUUGUUGGAGCCGACCGAGUCUAUUUCGGGCAGAAGGACGUUCAGCAGACUGUCGUCAUUAAGCGCAUGGUCAAGGACUUCCACAUUGAUACCGAGGUCCGGAUAGGUCCCACAAUGCGCGAAGAUGAUGGGCUAGCUAUGAGCUCGCGGAAUGUAUACCUGGGCAUUAGGCGACGGAAGGUUGGACUAGUUCUCUACAACGCAUUGAGAGCGGCAGAAAGUGCAUAUCAGUCUGGCAAGCUCAGCCGGGCCGACAUCUUGGAUACUGCAAACAGUAUAACCCAACAGUUGUUAACGGAGCAGCAAUCUCUGUCCGAGACCGAGCGCGCGCUGUUCAAAGUUGACUACGUCUCACUUGCUGACUCGGAUACGCUCGACGAGCUUGAGGUCGUUGAUCCUUCAAAAGGAGCGAUCCUCAGCGGAGCCAUCAAGAUGGCGCCACUUGAGAAGACGAACGUAGGAGAGGAUUGCGGGCUUGGGGAUGGCAAGGUUCCAGUCCGGUUGAUUGACAAUCUGAUAUUGAGGCCUCUAAAAUAGGCUAUAAGUAGAUCGAAGGGAUUAUAUCUGUCAUACCCAGAACCUAGAUAUAUAUACCCAGCCGAAGCGCGAAAGCUUGUACAAUAUCUGUUUA